AUGCCUGCCCGUCCCUCCUCUUCCUCCUCCGCCACUAAUUCUCGCAAUGCCGCCGCUCCUUACUCUCGUCGCCCCUCCAGCCAGCCAAAGUCCUCUCGUCAGCAGUUCUCAGCCUGCGGCGCUUGUCGCAUGAGAAGAGUUCGCUGUGAUCUUAAAGACCUAUCCAUCGCCUCUGCAAGCGCAGUCCCCACAUGUUCAAAUUGCAAAGAGCGAGGGAUUAAAUGUGUUGACGAAUUUGCUGAUGUCAAGGCCGUCAAAUUGCUGCGCCGUGGCCGGCGGUUGCAACAAGUCGAAGCGAUAUAUGGCAAAUCGGCCGAUCAAGAGGGCGAUACUUUGUCCUCCCCCUCCCCUCCUUCUGGCCGCUCCACUAGAAUUCCCUCUCUUCAAGUUGAUUUCUUUGUCUCCCCCUUUUGGCGUUGGUUAAUGGUGCAGCGACCAAUACUUGAUUCCGCUGGGUUUUCGGCGAGAUUCCUCGCACAUACCAGAGGAACUCAGCCUCUUGGUACGGAAGGCGGAUUGAUUGCUAUGCUCCUUGUGGUGUGGGCUGCGUCUUUUGGUUUGAACGAGCGUGGCCUUCCCGAGAAUAAUGACAGAGAACACGACUUGGUCUCCACAUCAUCAGAUCCUUCCAACGGAAACCAACAUGAGGACAUAUCAACUGCAAGAGCCAAGAAUGUUUCUUUCUCACUUCCCCAACGGAAGUGGAAAGAGAGGACCGAAGCAAUGCUUCGAGAAGUUUUAGAGCUUAUCGAUUUUCAUGGAGUCUUGAGAAGACCCACACUGGACGGCGUUCGCGUUCUUCUGCUAUUGCUGCCUUUAAUGGAAGAUGCACUGCCUCUCGAGCGACUCGCAAUUUAUGAGGCGACGCUCUCACAGGUUCAAGCAAUUUGUACACUAUCACCACCAUCGUCCUCCAACCAGACCUCUUCAAGCGUCUUCGAUGAAGCCGCAGUACGGGCGAGGAUUUUCUGGUAUGCGUAUACUCAAGAAGGUCUUUUAACUGGCAUGCGAGGCGGACGCUUCGUUCUAAAUAACGAGGACCUCGAAUGCUUUCAGCGAACCUUACCAUCCCUGAAUUCAAGUGUGCAUACGCCAAAUUCACCGUCGGAUGGAGAUGUCAUGUCGACAUACCACCUCCUCUCAUCCCAUGAAUUCAGUCAUCCUUCCCCGAGGUCAUAUAUACGGCUCAUGAACGGCUCGUCGAUGCCCCUUCAUCUCAGCGAUAUCUGUAGGCGCAUUCAUAUGGCUCUCACUGGCAUAAAGGCAGCCCGCCGGGCUGAAGAACACGGUCUAAUUGAUGCUCAAGGAAUGCACGAGAUUUGGAGGGACCUGGAUCACUGUUGGCGCGAGUUUGAAGCAAUUCGAAGGGGCAGUCAAUUCAGCGACUACGAUAUUGUGCACAAGGAUCAGUAUGCUAGUGGUUGGCAGAUCUUCAUUUUUGAAUGCCACAAUGUUAUUCGGGAAUCAUUGAAGCAAUACAUGUCGACCAUUCCUCAAGAGAUGGAUUCUCAUUCCCGCCCUUCCUCUCAUUCCUCCAACCUGUCUCCGUACCUAUCGCCACAUUACUUGCACGCAACCGCGACUCGGAAAUGUAUGACUUUACUUCCGUCUGUUGUCCGCAUUAUUCAUCAUCACACAUCGCACGAACGAGAACAAGGAGAGUGCGGACUUUUCUCCUGGGACACUGGACUCGUUAGAGAUGGCUGUUUUUUCGCUGCCUACCUAGCCGUCUCCCACCCAGGAGGAUUUUUGGACGUUGACGACCGAGAGCACAGGAAAGAAAUUGACGGACCCAUCUCCGACAUGACGUCGGAAGAGGCCGUUUCAAUCUGUCUUACGGCUCUGUCCCGUAUGCGCUGGGCUUUUUCCAAGAGCGAGGAGCGAGAGGAAACUAUCCGUAUGAUGUGGGAAAACAAGCAAGAUGGUAGGCAAGCCCAAUCAUCGGGUCACCGCAACUUGGGCUGCGACUCCCGUCGUGGCUACCUCCAUCCCUCUGCAGCAUCUAACUCCCAGCACAUUGAUUUGCCCCCGCGACCUCAGACUAUGUCUGGACUUUCUACCCACACUGAUCGACCAACGCUUUCGUCGUUCAGUCAUAACCCCCAGCACAUUGAUUUACCUUCGCGGCCUCAGACUAUGUCCGCACUUUUCACCUGCACUGAUCGACCAACGCUUCCGUCACUGGAUCAUUUUGCGGCUCAGCGACGGGUGGAAUCAGCUCCGACCACGGCUUGUAGCGUGGAUGGCCGUGGAGCGAACGGAUGGCCCCACUACACACCUCCUGGAACCGGGACUUCAAUCGCUACUAGCGCUGGCACAAGCUUCAGCGCCAGGGAUGAGUCGUCAGCGUUCCCAAGCUUAGGGACGUACAAACUUCAACCGGAUGACGCAUUUUACAAUGAUAUGGAUCAGUUUAGCUUCCAUGCACCGCUCACCGGUCCCAUGGUCGGAGAGCCCGCUCCUUUCACCAAUCUUCCGAACUUCAAUCAUCGCGGCCCCACACCCGACUCUCAUCAUCUCGGGGUCACAGAACCGUCGAGCUUCAUCAACUCGAAUGUUUUUCCGCCGGCCUCAAUCCAUCCCGACUUUAAUUCUUGCCCGCAGUUUGGCGAUGACUGUGGCAGUGGACCCUAUCAUUAAUUGUCUUCACCCCCUGGAACUGAUUCCAUGUUUUUAUGAGUUAAACAACAUCUUCUUACAUUGCAUUUUUUCUCCUGACAAAAUGCCUAUACCGAAAUCUCUUAUACCAUGCUGCCUUCAAGAUUCUCCUCAUUUAAGUACAACCCCACUUGUAUUGCAUUAAAUAAUCCUGCAUA